AUGUCGUUCGCGCUGGAGGAGACGCUCGAGUCGGACUGGGUGGCCGUGCGGCCCCAUGUGUUCGACGAGCGCGAGAAGCACAAGUUCGUCUUCAUCGUGGCCUGGAACGAGAUCGAGGGCAAGUUUGCCAUCACCUGCCACAACCGGACGGCCCAGAGGCAGAGGAGCGGCUCCCGGGAGCAGGCGGGGACGCGAGGGGGCGCCGAGUCCUGCGCCGCCGCGUCCGACGGGACUCGCGGGCCGGGCUCCAGCCCAGCGGGCAAGGGGCGGCCGGAGGCCACGGCUUCUGCGACUCCGGGGAGGAGGAGGAGCCCGGGGCCCCGGAGGAGCCCGGCCUCGGCGGAGAGCGGCUCUCCGCGGAGCGCGCGCCACCUCCGGGGGGAUCCGCUGCUGCGGGGAUCCGCCGGCAAAGGGGCCGCCGAGAGCCCUCUCCGGAGCCCGGCGCGGGCCAAGUCCGCCCCGGCCCGGAAGGCAUCCGAAGGCAGAGAUGCGGCGGGGGCCGCCUCUGCCGCAGCCCCGCCGGCGCCCAAGGAGGAGGUCCCCGCCGUGUCCUCGGUGCGGGUGGUGAGCGCCUGCGGGGCGGUCUCCGAGGAGAUCGAGGUGCUGGAGAUGGUGAGGGAGGACGAAGCGGCCCCGGCGUCCCCGGCGCGCUCCGACCCGGAGCAGCAGCCCGCCGCCGAGCUGGAGCCCGCGGCCGAGGAGUGCAGCUGGGCCGGGCUCUUCUCCUUCCAGGACCUGCGCGCCGUGCACCAGCAGCUGUGCUCCGUGAACUCGCAGCUGGAGCCCUGCCUCCCCGUCUUCCCCGAGGAGCCCUCGGGCAUGUGGACCGUGCUGUUCGGGGGCGCCCCGGAGAUGACCGAGCAGGAGAUCGACACGCUGUGCUACCAGCUCCAGGUCUAUCUGGGCCACGGCCUGGACACCUGCGGUUGGAAGAUCCUCUCCCAGGUGCUGUUUACCGAGACCGACGACCCCGAGGAGUAUUACGAAAGCCUCAGCGAGCUGCGGCAGAAGGGCUACGAAGAAGUGCUGCAGCGGGCCAGGAAGCGCAUCCAGGAGCUCUUGGAUAAGCACAAGAAUACAGAGAGCAUGGUGGAGCUUCUGGACUUGUAUCAGAUGGAGGAUGAAGCCUACAGCAGCCUUGCAGAAGCCACAACGGAACUCUAUCAGUAUUUACUACAGCCAUUCCGAGACAUGAGAGAACUUGCCAUGCUACGGAGACAGCAGAUCAAGAUUUCCAUGGAGAAUGAUUAUCUGGGUCCCCGAAGAAUUGAAAGUUUACAAAAAGAAGAUGCUGAUUGGCAGCGGAAAGCUCACAUGGCUGUGCUCUCUAUUCAAGAUCUUACUGUCAAAUAUUUUGAAAUAACAGCUAAAGCUCAAAAAGCUGUGUACGAUCGAAUGCGAGCAGAUCAGAAGAAGUUUGGUAAAGCAUCUUGGGCAGCAGCCGCUGAACGUAUGGAGAAACUCCAGUAUGCAGUUUCUAAGGAGACGCUGCAGAUGAUGCGAGCUAAAGAGAUCUGUUUGGAACAGAGGAAACAUGCACUAAAAGAAGAGAUGCAGAGUUUGCAGGGUGGUACAGAAGCCAUAGCCCGAUUGGAUCAGUUAGAAGCUGAUUAUUAUGAUCUGCAACUUCAGUUGUAUGAAGUACAGUUUGAAAUCUUGAAGUGUGAAGAGUUAUUGUUGACAGCACAAUUAGAAAGCAUCAAAAGACUUAUAUCAGAAAAGAGAGAUGAAGUGGUGUACUAUGACACUUACGAGAGCAUGGAGGCAAUGCUGGAGAAGGAAGAGAUGGCAACAUCAGUGCAUUUACAGAGGGAAGAGCUGCAUAAACUUCAGCAGAAAGCACGCCAGCUGGAAGCAAGACGUGGGCGGGUUUCAGCCAAGAAAGCCUACCUCAGAAAUAAAAAGGAAAUUUGUAUUGCAAAACACACUGAAAAAUUCCAUCAGCACCUUCAGAGUGAAGAGAACUACAGAACCCAUCACACAGUACAACUAAAGAGAGAGAAAUUACAUGAUGAAGAAGAAAGAAAAAGUGCUUGGGUUAGUCAAGAAAGACAGAGAACGCUGGAUAGACUUCGAACUUUUAAACAGAGGUACCCUGGCCAAGUUAUAUUUAAAUCAAGCAGAUUGCGACUGGCUCAUGCAAGAAGUGCCGCCAGUCCUGUGCCCUGCGAGGACCAAUGCAGCUCUAUGCCAGGGGUACUGCAGAUAGAAGAGAAAAGUGAAGAGGUGCAGAAAGGAAGAGGCAAGCUUGGGUCAUCACAGACAGCAGAAGCCCAAAGCCUCAUACAACUUGAAGAUACUUCAUUAGUACAACUUGAAGCCACUUCAUUACCUCUCAGUGGUGUUACCUCGGAACUGUGCCCCACUGUUUCUCUUUCACUUUUGAAUAAUAUUGACCUUGAACCAGGUUCUGUUACCACAGAUCCACUCCCACCACCUCUUCCUCCAACACCACCACCACCACCACCUCCUCCUCCCCCGCCCCCACCACCACCACCUCUGCCUGUUGCUAAGGACAACAUCCCAGAGACACUGGAGAAAGAUCUGCCUAGAGUGGAGGGGAACGAGAAGAGGAUCCCUAAGUCUGCAAGUGCCCCUUCAGCACAUCUCUUUGAUAGCAGCCAGCUGGUCAGUGCCAGGAAGAAGCUCAAAAAGACUGCUGAAGGUUUGCAGAGAAGGAGAGUGAGCUCACCCAUGGAUGAGGUGUUAGCUUCCUUGAAACGUGGUAGUUUUCAUCUGAAAAAGGUUGAACAACGAACUCUGCCUCCUUUUCCGGAUGAAGAUGAUAGUAAUAAUAUCUUGGCACAAAUAAGGAAGGGGGUAAAAUUGAAGAAAGUACAGAAGGAAGUUUUGAGAGAAUCCUUCACGCUUCUGCCUGACACAGACCCUCUCACGCGGAGCAUCCAUGAAGCUCUCAGGAGAAUCAAAGAAGCAUCCCCCGAGUCGGAGGAUGAAGAGGAGGCCUUGCCUUGCACAGAAUGGGAAAACUAA